AUUUAAUGUCUUGAAAACGAUAUUUCAUUACAUUUCAUUCAAAUUCCUCAACCUCUCUCUUUCUCUUCUCUCUUUCAUCGCACCACUCUCUCUUUCUCGAUUUCUCAGGUGAUUUAGCCAUGGCUGGAAAAGGAGGGAAAGGACUUGUUGCGGCGAAAACCACCGCUGCUAACAAGGAUAAAGACAAGAAGAAACCUACUUCCCGCUCAUCUCGUGCCGGAAUCCAGUUUCCUGUGGGGAGGAUCCACAGACAGCUGAAGCAAAGAGUUCAGGCCAAUGGACGUGUUGGUGCAACUGCUGCUGUUUACUUGGCAUCCAUUCUGGAGUAUCUGACCGCAGAAGUUCUUGAACUUGCUGGAAAUGCAAGCAAAGAUUUGAAGGUGAAGAGGAUAACACCAAGGCAUUUGCAGCUUGCAAUUAGGGGAGAUGAGGAACUUGAUACCCUUAUUAAAGGGACAAUUGCUGGCGGUGGUGUCAUUCCUCACAUUCACAAGUCCUUGAUCAACAAAACUGCCAAGGAAUGAUUGAGAUGUUUUGUUUUUCUUUCAUGUGCUGUUUUUUUUUACUUUAACUAGGGUGUGGUUUUUUUAUUAAGUGAUAUGAUGAUCACAGUAGGGUAGUUUUAGAAUUGAAUCAAUUAAUAUGUUUCUGUGUAAAUGGUGGUGUUCUUAUGUGAUCCUGUUGAGUGGUUUAAUUUGUUUGUCUUAAAAGAUUCGUGAUCCUCUCAUGUUUUCUCUUAACCCUUUAUGUUACAGUCUGUCUAUUGUAGUCUUAAUUUACAUUUUC